UUCAGUAACAGUGUACAUCUACGUGAUGUGACCGAAGAUGGUUCCAGAGUGAGUUUGUCAAAAGUAUAUGACACCAAAACGCUGACAUCCGAUCUACUUAUACGAUUCGUCACGUAUGCAGUUAUAACCUGUGAAUACGCCAUGGCGCAUGAUUAUCCGAAUGGAUUAGUAGCAAUUUUGGAUUUUCGAGAUGUUAACUUGAUAGAUCUACUGGCUUUUUCUACCCGCCAUUUUAUACUUCUCCAACAGUGUUUAACAAUAUUAAAGGAUGGGUAUGGCAUGCGUCUUAAAGGCCUACAUGUGCUAACAAAAUCGAAGGCAACAGAUGCUCUAGUAACAUUUGCAAAGCAAUUGCUCCCCGAAAAACUAGCUGGCAGGCUACACGUGCACAGAGACAUGGACACCCUGUAUAACUUCGUUCCUAAGGAGAUCUUGCCUUCUGAUUUAGGCGGUGACGCGACAAGCUUAAGUGAAUUGCAAGAAACCUUCGUUAAUGAACUGUUCUCAAAAGAGCACAAAGAAUGGAUGGAAGAAGGAAAUCGCGCAACGAUCAACCUAUCCAAAAAGCCGAAAGAUUACUUCAGUGAUGAUUACAUCAGUAUCUCCGGGUCCUUUAGAACUUUAACUGUAGAUUAAUUCUCUUGUACAA